CGACUGGCGUGAGCGGUGCAGGUGCCAAAUACGGACAUGCCCUUGCAGGUCCAGCUCGGGCAGGUUGGAAUCAGUUAGAAUCCACACUUCGUACAUGCAUAUAUUUACGUAUUCUAGCCGAUGACUUAAAAAGGUUUCCACUCAGGCAACAGGUGUUAUAAUGAAUCCGAGGCGACCUGUGCUGCUCUGUUCCACUUCGAACUACUCUUCCUUACUCCAUUGAGCUCCAACCCCCAGAUCUUCAUCUCCUGCCCGACUUACACCACUACCAGCAACACAGUAUUAACAGAGUUCAACCUCAACAUAUAAUACCACCCUCAAUUCAUUGCAAGGAAGUUUUCCACUCGGACGGCAUCAGUCGCAACAAAGGUGAAAAAAAAAGAGUUUCUCCUCAACAUGGGCUCCAACGAUCUCACCCCUCCGCCCUCCUUCCCCCUUGACUCCCUCCCGGACGCCGACUCACCACUCCUGGUCCUCACUCACCCAACCCGCGCCGAGCGCGUGGCCACCAUCAAGCACACCUACAGGAACUGGGGCUAUGCGUUGACGGAGGCGGACUACAUCGCACGUGAGGAGUACCUGACGACGGUACCGCUGGCCCGCAACGGCGGCAUCACGCACUGGAUCCUGACGGUGGCCUCGCUGCCGCCGGACGGGCGGCCGAUCCUGUCGUCGUGCGAGAGUCUGCGGAAGCGGGCCGUCUGCUCCCGCGACGGCGAGCCGCCAACGGAGGGCGUCGCGCACGGAAUCGCGAGCGUCUUCACCGAACCGGCCUACCGUGGCCGGGGGUACGCCAGCCGCAUGAUGAGGGAGGUGGGCGAGAAGCUGCGCGGGUGGCAGGCACCGGUGCCGCCGGGGCGCUCGCUGUUUUCGGUCCUCUACAGCGACAUCGGCAAGUCGUUCUACGCCCGCCACGGGUGGCCCGCCUUUGAGAGCUCGCACGUCUCGUUCCGGCCGGUCGCGGGAGCGGCGGGGGAGACGGAGCAGGUCGCGACGGCGAUCGGGUAUCACGAGCUGGCAGAGCUGUGCGCGGCAGAUGAGAAGCUGCUGAGGGCGGACCUGACGCGGCGCCGGGACGGCAAGACGCACGUGGCGAUCCUGCCGGAGCUGGAUGCCAUGCUCUGGCAUCUGAUGCGCGAGGACUUCAUGACCAAGAGCAUCUUUGGAAAGACGCCGGCCGUCAGGGGCGCAGUGACCGGGAAGCCGGGACAGAGGAUCUGGGCGGUCUGGAUGAGGGGAUACUAUGGCGGGUUGAAGAGGAAGGAGGGCAAUGUUCUCCAUGUGUUGAGGGUGGUGGUAGAGGACCCGGAUCAGCCAGACGAAGAGCUGGUGGGCGGCUUCCGAUCGAUUGUGCAGAUUGCGCAGCACGAGGCGGCCGAGUGGCAGACGCAGGAUGUCCAGAUCUGGAACCCAACUCCCAAGCUCAAAGGCCUCGUUGAGAAGUGUGGCAUCGAGUCCGAGUUUGUGGUCCGCGAGAAGCACAGCAUUGCCAGCCUAAGGUGGUAUGGCGAUGAGCCCGUUUCCGAGGUGGACUGGGUCGCCAACGAGAAGUAUGCUUGGUGCUGAGGAACACUGAAGAAAUGCGCAUAGCAUUGAAGCAGGAUGUGUUUUUUU